CCCAACAACCCAAGUUCUGGACAAGAUGUACCUUGAACCGCUGCCGAUCGCUAUCCUCCUAACAGCCCUCCUCAUCUUUCUAAUCCACAAAAGAGCCACCCCAAACAGAUCUAAGCUUCCACCCUCCCCUACCAAGCUUCCAAUCAUAGGGAACCUCCACCAGCUGGGAACUCGUCCUCACCGUGGCCUCCAUGCCCUCUCCCAAAAGUAUGGCCCCCUCAUGCUGCUUAAACUGGGCUCCGUUCCCACCAUCAUCGUCUCGUCCGCCGAGGUGGCUCAAGAAGUCAUGAGGACCCAAGAUUCGAUCUUCGCAAGUCGUCCUUCCUUGGAGCUCGCCAAACAACUCCUCUACAACUGCAGGGACAUGGCCUUUGCACCUUACGGUGAGUACUGGAGGCAGAUAAGAAAGCUGUGCAUCGUUCACCUGCUGAGCGCCAAACGAGUGCAGUCAUUUUCCGGCGUUAGGGACGAGGAAAUAUCGCAGGUGAUCGAUCGGAUCGCAUGUUGCUCAGCAGUUGGUCCCGUGAAUUUGAGCAAGAUUCUGAAUUCACUUUCGAGUGGUUUGAUCGCCAGAAUCGCUUUUGGGAGGAAGUUUCUUGGAGAGGAAAGGAGCAAGAAGGCGCAAGAGCUAGUUGAGGAGACCUCAGCCUUGUUUGGUGGCUUCUACGUGAGAGAUUACUUCCCUUGGCUUGGAUGGCUGGGCAAGCUGGGUGGCAUGGAUGGCAGGGUAAAGAGAUGCUUCAUUAACUGGGAUGCCCUCCUUGAAGAAGUGAUUCGAGACCAUGAGGAUCGUAAAAGAGAUCAGUUUGGAGCUGACCAGAAUGAGGACUUGGUCGAUGUUUUGCUCGCACUUCAGAAGGAUCGCACGGAAGGCUUCACCCUCGCCAGAGACGAGAUCAAGGCAAUCAUUUUGGAACUAUUUGUCGCAGGAACGGACACAUCAUAUAUCGCCCUAGAAUGGGCAAUGGCAGAACUUGUUCGAAGCCCAAAAAGAUUGAAGAUAGUGCAAGAUGAGGUAAGGGAGAUACUUGGAAAUAAGAGCAAAGUCAAGGAAGAUGACAUAAGUAAAAUGAGCUACUUGAAAGCAGUGAUCAAGGAGAGCUUGCGCUUGCACCCUCCACUUCCAUUACUAGUGCCACGAGAAUCACUUGAAGCAACCAAACUACAAGGCUAUGAAAUCCCGAGAAACACAAGGAUUCUUGUUAAUGCUUGGUCCAUUGGGCAGGAUCCAACAUCUUGGGAGGAGGCCCGUGAGUUUAGGCCAGAGAGAUUUCUAAACAACCUAAUAGAUUUCAAGGGCAAUGAUUUCCACUUUAUUCCAUUCGGUGCAGGCCGAAGAAUCUGUCCUGGAAUGCACUUUGCUAUCUCAACCAUCGAGCUAGCUCUUGCCAAUCUGUUAUACAGAUUUGACUGGAACUUGCCCAACAACAUGAGUCCAGAGGAUUUAGACAUGGUGGAAGCUUAUGGAAUUUCGACUCGUAUGAAGUCCAAUCUUCUUCUUCAUGCUAUACCUUACAAGGCAUAAAGAUCAAACUCAGCUGAUGUGGGCUGCUGUAUGUUUGUAGUUGAAGAAAAUGAAGGGAUUAAAACUCGCCAAUAUAUACGUUAUGCUUCAAGAAGUUUGAUAUAAGCAUCUACCACUACAGUUCUGUUGCUAUAGUAUUGCUACAGUAUUUUGCUGUAUUCAUAAAUAAUUUUGAGUUCAAGCUGAUUGGUGUGUAAUAUU